AUGGAGAGGAAGUUGUUUGGUCUUGUUUUGAUCUUGGUCAUCCUUCUAACUUCUCAAGAGAUGGUGAUGCAGAGUGAAGCUAAGAUUUGUGAAGUGACAAGCAAAACAUUCAUAGGGCUAUGCAUCAAAGACAGAAACUGCAUGGUGAGAUGCCACAGUGAGGGUUAUGGUUAUGGCAAAUGCUCCCAUAUCCUACGCAAGUGCCGCUGCCUUAAGCCUUGUGUGGCUGAAGAAACUAAGGAAAACUUGCCCUGA